CCACAUCUUCUCCCAAGUGUUUCUUUGCUGCUUUUCCUAUUAUUUUGCUUUUCAAGUUCUCUGUCCUCAUUCAUCAAAAUAAGAACAAAUGAACUCUAAAGCAUGUUUUAGUUUGAGGGUUUUUUUUCACUUUUUCUCUAUUUUCAGGUUGUGAAAUUCUUGCACUUUUCCAGUGUUCUCACAAUUUCUUUCUAGUUUUCAUUCCUACAGACCGUUUCCCUAAUUUCUUUUCUUUCUCCCUUCCUUCAGAUUCUUUCCAGUACUUUUAUAUUAGCCUGUUAUUUACUAUGAGCUGUUCUUCACCAUCAAGGAUGGGCUGAAGAAUGGGGAAAAUAUUUUGAGUUGGAUACCCAGACCUUCUACUGAGCACAAAGCCUUUUGUUAUCCAUACUUGUUUUUUUGGGAAAGGACUAAAGACACAGUAAGAUAUUCUUGAUGAAUGCAGAAUUUAAUUAUUUGGCUAACCAUGACCUUGUUUAACCUAGACAGGGAAUUCCCAGUUAGAUAAGAGCAUCCUUCCCUGUCUGCUCUCUACCUGUAUGGCACUGCUGUUCUGUAGAGCUGUCCCGUUCCUCCUGUGUCAGUGUUAAAUGCUAAGCAGAGGCCUUCCCACUGCUAGCAGCGAUGUGCUCAGUUGUGGCCUUCUCUUGUGAUGUCACUAUCAGGUGUUCAAGUGUUCCCAAAGUGCCCUGCUUUAUCUCCUUGCAUGUGGAAGUACUUUAGGAGGCUAGCAAAAAUAGCUCAUGUUUUGCUUUUUUUUUAAUCACAGAAAUGGAAACCUUGCCUACUGGAUCACUUUAGCUAGAGUUGUCUGGAGGAGAAAAUGCUGGAAAGUCCCAUAUUAAAUAAGGUUUCCAUUGCCCAAAAGAGCAAACUAGAAAGAAAGUCUAAGCAUUGCUGUAGCUUUUGCGGUAUUUUCCUCAUUUAAAAUGAGCAUAAGAAAUCUCUAGGUGAAAAAAUAUUUCAAAACCAGUGAAUGUAACAUUUUUAACCUGUAGGCCAAAGUACAAUUCCUACUGAUUUUAUUGAGUUUAAGAUUUCAUUUGCAUCCAACCACUUACUUCUUCAGACCAAGAAACUAUUGCAAAAACAGUUUAAUGCCUUAAAUGUUCAUCUGGAAAUAUUGAGCAGAACUCUCUGUCACAGAGUAGAAGUUUUGUAAUUCCAAAUAUUUUUUUCAGAGGUACUGAAACACAGUACUUUUGUAAUAAAGUAUGAUCUUAGCCAAAAUUGAUUUUUAAAAGAAAAAUAUGUUUAUACAUUUCCUUAGUGGCAAUUCAUCUUUGUUUCCGUGUUAUCCUUAUUUAUUUAAUGAGUUUCAAGAGAAUACUCAUGUGUUUUAAGUCAAACAUAAUUAAAUUCUUGUUUAAACAGAAUUGUUGCAGAACCACUUUUACUUGCAUCUUUGGUGUCUUAAAUUAUGGAGAUUGUGUUAAUGAAAUGUUCCUGUACUUGCUAAUUUUUUAUCACAUAUGUUUGAAACAAAAGAGAAAGCUUCCUGUUCUUUGAAUCAGUUGCAUACAGUUGCAAUAAAUUCCUUAUUUCUGUUCAAAUAGAAGUUCAAGCUCUGAAUAGGGGUAGACUUCCUAUAUGAGGAAACUAAGAGAAGUUACUGGCUGAUUAGAACAGGAGUGGGAGGGAUGUCAUGCUGGUCUUAGAAAGAGGAGCUCAGAAAGCUGGGGUAUCACAAGGGGUCUGGAGGAAUCUGGGGUUCUAUGCAAAGUGUAUAUGGGAUAAGCAACAUUUAGAGGAACUGAGAUAAUAUUGUAAGUAUCCUCAUGGAAGAGUUCACAUGGAAAAUGUAGAGGUAGGUGUUGCAAAAAGUCUUGAAGAGAAGGGUUAGGAACCAUUCAUUUCAUGGGAAGUAGUCUCCAGGAAAUUAGUUUCCAGUAUGCACAGAAGACUGGCUGAGUUUUCUGAGGAGCAUCUAGAGGAAGAUGUCUCAGGAGAAAAUAGCAGGAAGGAAUGCUACCAGUCAUCUCUACAAACUACCUGUUUUUCUAUAAUUCCUUUUCCAAGAUAGAAAAGUUAGAUUUUCUAAUGUGUAUUUACAUUUGGGCUUUUUCUAUAUGAAUAGGCUUUAGCAAUCUUACUCUUUGAAUUCUUUUAUUCUGCCAGUGGAGACAGUUCAAACAACCUGCAGUUCAAGCACCAGCACUGCACAGCUGUUAAUGAGAGAGAUAAUAACUCUUCCUGCAAUAUAUAAGUAGACUUAUCUGACUUCUGAGUCACUAGCUGAAAACCUCUCUUCUCAGAGACUGGGAGCAGAAAGAAAAAGCUGCUCGGGAUGUCUUGUGUAUCCUAAAUUAUUCUAACUGGAUUUGUUUAGUGCUGUGCAGGGAAAUUCAGGUCUUUCCUCAUGGAAGCAUAAGUGAAUACAAAAGGUUUUUUCCCUAGCUUUUGUUUAGGAGAAAAAGAAAGAAAAAAAAAAAUAGGAAAGCUAAAAUAUGGUAACAUAUUCAAAAUUGGUUACAGCUGUAAAACAGCAAUUGACUUAGUCAUCAGUAAGUUUGGGUUUUCUAUAAGCAAUGAGGAAUUUCUGGGACACAUUUUUUCACAACUCUCUAAGCCAUGUUAUGCAGGUUAUUCACAGUAUUGAUGACUUCUUCUACCUGGGUGUUAUGGUAACUGUUGAAAAAUUUAUGAAAAGGGCUUUAAGUUGUAUGUGUCUUACAAAUGUUAUAUAUAGACUCCUCAUAAACCCUAAUAUUUGGGUGUACUGAAGAUCUUUGUGGUUGGUCUGAACAAUUCUAGUUCUAGGACAUUACCACUAGGGCUUACUAUUUUUCUUCUUUGUAUAGCUGCCCUAACUCUUUGUUACAGCUCACUGUGCUUUCUGCAUUAGUGUCAGCUUCUACCUCAUUUUCAGUCUCUAUAGCAACAGUUUCUCAGCAACUGGGAGAUGCCUAGUAAAGGCCUCUCAAUUUAGAAAUAUUGCACUCCAACCAUAAAAAAAAAAAAAAAAAGCUUUGAAACAAAGAUCAAAGAAGUUUUAUCUUUAAUAAUUCAGGAUAUUUAUUACUAAUUAAUUAGUGUUCUCUGUUUUGACUGCUUAGACAAUUACCUGAUACUUUGAUCUGGGCCUUUGCUAGGCAUUUGUUGUGAGCAGCUUUAAUUUAAAAGCAAAACCUUUAGAACUGUGUCUUGAAGUCAACUUUUAAGUGCUGUAAAACUGCUGGACUUCUCUGGUGUUGCCAUCUGACUUCUGGACCUUCAGUAAGUAAUGAGAGGAAGGUAAGUGCAGCUACUGUAUUUAAGAGGAGACAAUAAUUUUGGCCUUUGAAUAAAACAUAGAAUGUCUUCAUCCUUCACAGGAAACAAAAGUAAUUGUAGGUUCUUUUAUGCAUAUUUAAGAUGUUGAUCAUAUGUUGUCUGAUUUCAAAAGAAAAGUCUCUGUGAUCAAGUUGAUUGAUCUGCUGGGAGGUUUCUGCCUUACUUCAUGGGGCUUGUCUUUCUCUGUACUUUAAUUUAAUUAUGUAGCAUAUUUCAAAAUGCAUUUUAUUUGCUAAAGUACAUAUUCUGAGAACCUGUAUGUCAAAUAAACAAGCUAUAAGUAAUCAAAUGUUACUUUUCUUUCAUAAUUCCACUAAUAGUCAAGAAAAAGGCUAUCCUUACUCUGCACAUAAGAGUAUUCAUGUUAAUGGGACCAGGACUGUUAACUGUAACAAUGUAUUUUCUGAACAUUUGUACAUAAUUUUAAUUUUUUUGUUUGUUUUCUUAAGUGUUUUUUCACUAUUAAAGCACACAAGUAACUGAAAUAUAACACGCAGGCUGAAAUAGUGUAUCAAUUGGCAAAGUUACUUCAAAUUUCAUGGGCAGCAGAUACUGCUUCUGCUUUCACAUUGUGUUCAUGUGCUAACACUGAAAUAGAUUCUCUUUGUUUCACCCAGGCACUCCUACUGCAGUCAAGAUCUGGACUGGACACAGAGUUUUGUGAAUGUAGACUGUACAUACAUUAAUAAUGUCUUCUGUAACUUUUUGGAAGGAGAGUUCAUAGAUAUGAUGUUGUACAAUAAUGGCCAGAAAUACGUGGUUGACUUUGAGACUAUGAAUACCCUAGUACAAGACUAUAGGGUGGUUUUCCAUAUGGGUAAUUUAGAUGUGAGACAUUGUUGUGUUGUACUGGACAGAGAUCUGGUCAUCUUACAGUAAGUAUCAAGCACUCAUAGAUUAUGCAUGCUGUAUAACUCAGGAAGUCAGUGGAUCUGUCCUUAUUUGAGUGAGCAAAUUCUAAUGAGUUCUAAUGUCAGUGAGUUUAACCUGGAUAUUUUUAAAUUUAUCCCAUCCACUUUCUUUAUUUUAUGUACCUCUGGUACAGAGAAAAUAAAGGAGGCAAGCUGUGUAUUUCUAAGUCUACCUUCUAGAUUGCUACAUGUAGCUUUCACCAAACACUUAAGUUCAAUUCAUUGCUCUGUGUCUUCUGAUUUCACUGAUUUCCAUACAUGAACUUUUCUGUCAAGUUAUGCAGAGGCUCCUACUACUGCAGCUAUUUUAGGAACAGUUGUAUCAUAUUUUUGUAUAUAUUGCAUAUGAAUAUAUAUCUGUAGGCAAACUUAUGUGCCUGUGUAAAUGCUGGGCAGAGCUGUAGUUUUGCAGAACCCUUAGUAAGAAAGAAAAUAGAAUAGUGGAAAAGAAACAUAGUGACUUUUUUCAGUGAAGGACUACAGUAAAAACUGUGGCUUUGUAGUCUUGAAUGAAAAAGACUAUUAAAGCAAAUCUGUAUCUCAAUCUGUAUUUUAAGCAUCUAAAUUUAGGUUAUGACUGAAAUUUAGGGACUGAAACACAAAGUUGCAACUUUGAGGAGCAUAUUUAUGGUAGACUCGGUAAUUUUAGAUCAUUGAAUAUUUAUGCUUCAUAAAUGGCCAGUAUUCUGUCAUGUUUAUGAUCAACGAUUCUAACUGAAAAAAUGUAAUAAGUGAACAUUUGUUUAAGUUCAGAUUUAACACCAAAUUUAUUAAGUUUUAGAUAAUUUCCAACUAUUUAAUUUUUAUUUAUUUUCGCAAACUUUCCCUUUGUUCUGCACAAUAAGCCAUAUAGAUGGCCUUUGGAAUCUUCUUAGAUCUAUUAUACCUAGUGUUUUGCAACUGCAGUGUUAGCUGAAAGAUAGUUACUACAGUUAAUUAAUAUUUUUAUUUCUGUGAUUGGAAAUAUAAUGUUGUUUAGAGCAUUAGUGAAAUAAAUCCUGAGGGGAGACAUUCAGUUUCCAUUAUUACAGUGACAUAACUACUUUUGCUUUCACAGUUGUUAAUGUAAGUAGGUUCAUGGUUAAGCUUCCUUUUCCCCUUCCAUAUCAGCUCAAUAAGAAAUAAUGUCAGCUCAGCCUAAAACUUUAGUUUUGCUUGAAAAUUUUAGAAAAUACUUUUGAGUAAUUGCAAUCAGUGAAUCUUAGGAAGAGUCUGGUGCAGAUAUGCCCUCUGUGACCUGAAAUUGUACACUAUGGACCAUAUGGUAAUCCUGAAUGUAAACACUGGGCUCUUAAUAGUGAAAGAUCUCAUUUCCUGUACUUAAAACUGUUUUGAGGAUUGAUUUUGCCCUGCUACCAUUUUGCAGUUACUUGAAUUACUCCUAUUUUAUGCUGAGCGCAGAACUUGCAAUUUGCUGGCAUUUCUCUGCACGUGGCACCAAAACUAUUUUGUUUAAUGUAAUUCUGUUUAAUUUAAUUUCUGAAAUGCAUCCAGUGAAUUGUUCAGAUUAAAAGGUUUAAUUUGAAUGGUUCAAUAUGUCUCUGUCUAGAAUAUGUGGUUUUACACUUUGGUUUGUUGUGUUAUAGAAUGCCUAAUGCCAUCUGUUAAUUUCAAAUGGAUCCAGACUUGCAGGAGGCCUUCAGUGAUGUUGAAAGCUCCAUAUACAGAACAGCCCUAAAAAUAUGCUCAGUACAAAGUCUUUGCCAGUUGGAUUUGAUUGACAUUUCUCUGAUUCAGCACAUCCUAUCAAGUGAACAAAGCCAGAGGGAAGAGCAGAUUUCUCUGAACACUCAGCAAAUCUCUAGAAUGCUGAUGAAGCUGUUCCAAAGGGCAAGGUUAGAAAAACCAGGCCAGGUAGAUCCAAGAGCUGCUGAAUUCUCAUUGGGCCUACUGAUUGCCAUGUAUGACAGGUAUCGCUGUUUAAAGUGCCUCAAUUUUGACCUUUGCCAAGCCUGCUUUUUCACUGGCCAUCUCUGCAAACCACAUAAGAGAUCACAUCCUGUUGUGGAACACUGUGUGCAGAUGUCAGCAAAGGCGAAUGCAAAGCACUUUCUCCACACCAUCAGGAACAACCUGUUUCAAGAGUGCUGCAGAAGAAAAGAGGCUCAGAGAAGGACAGCUCUGGAGUCAGUGGAGGAGAGGCACAUCCCUGCUCACAAAAAGACUUUUCCUCCUGUGGAAUUCAGUGGUUCAUCACUACCUGGUCCUGAAAAUGUGUCUUUCCCAGUGGACAGUUGUGUCCCAGAGUCACCCAGGUUCGUACCUGAAAACAGGACUGUAAUGCAGAAGAGUGAGAAUAACAAGACACCAGAGCAAGGCAAGACAAUAGCUCAGGCAAUAGCCUGUUUUGAAGCAGAUGUGUUAAAAAUGCAUGAAUCCAUUAAAAGCAUUCACAGUGACAGCAGGUACAUGAAGAAGCAGUUCGACAAAUGGAAGGACAAAAUGCAAUUUCUUCAUAACUGCCAGGAAGAAAAAAGCUGCAAAAUAGAGGCAAAACUGCAAAGACUGAGAGUAAGCCAUGAAAGCCUGCAAAUGACACUGCAGCACAUGAAGGAAGAAGUAAAGACCAUAUUGCAGUCAUCAGAGCAUCCUUUUGCACAGUGUCAUAAUACAAUGCCAAGUAAUCCACAUGUUCUGCUGGAAAGGAGAAUGCAGAGUGAAUUAAAUCCUGCCCAAAUAAGGCCUAUUUCUAGAACAUGUGCAGAAUGGAAAUAUUUGAAUCCCCCAAACUCUGUAAAUAGAAUGCAGCUUUUACAGACACCUGAGGUUCCCACUGCAGUGGACGUCAUGUUCUCAGAUCACCCACUGGAGUCAGUGUCCCUGCAGAGUGACAAAACCUUUAUGGGACGGCAUAAACAAGCAAAAGAGAAACAAACAUAUCUGCCUAAACUGACAGAAAACUCUCUUGGUGGAAUGGGGAAUACAGUUCUUAUUUCCACUGCAAUGCAGACAGCACCUGAUGAGAAGGAGGUCAGACAGGAAUUGGAACUGCUAAUGAUGAAACUGAAGGAUGCAUUGUCUCUCCAAACCCAACCAGCACAACAAACUGCUUUGCACCAGGAGUUCUUCUCUACAGCUGAGCAUGUUUGCAAGUCCUUUUCUGACCUCAUCAACCAAGUAAUUUCACCAGCUUGUAAAUGAUGGAAACUACCAUUCACCUUACAACUUCACUGAAAUACUUAAGCUCAGUAAACCUCUCCAGUCACUAACUCAGAUGCUUGACAAACCAGAAGUAAGAGGCAGGUCUUAACAACCACCACAUUGUGGGAUCAUUUUCCAUCCAGACUAUCACAAGAGGCAACACUUUGGUAUGCAGUUUUUCCACCACACUACUGCUAUAACCUGCAGACACAGAUUUAUCAGGAGGAAUCUCCUGCAGAUAACUGCCUGGCACACCUCCUUUUCCUGCAAGGACACUGCUCUGGCAUGGCUAUUGUUCCAUCCCUGGCCAUCUGUUAGGACUGUGACACAAAUCCUACUGAAGGUGUUAAAUCAGAACACACCUGAAACUUCAGCAGACUUCAGACUAUUCCCAAAAUCUUCAUCAUCAUCCAAUAGAUUCUACAAGAACGAAUACACACCAUUUGAAACUCUGCCAGUAUUAGAAAAGGCAAGUUUACUGCAGACUGUCCUGCAGGUAACAAUUACUCUGGUGAUCUGAUGUCUUUUCUUGCCUGUUGCUUUGCCAGCCAAAUCCUCUGGUUUAAGUUCAAAGCUAAGUAUCCAUUUUGGUAUGAAAUCUGGCAAAAAAACUACUGCACUAUUUUGUCCCCCAUGAUUCCUGAAAUAAGUUCAUAAAUCAUUAAGUAAUUAAAGUUAUUUCAGCACUUGGAACAAACAUUUACAAGUUGCAAGUGAAGUGGUGAGGAAGCAGGAAGGACAGGUCCUGGCAUCAGGCUGUGAUGCUCACACCCUCCCCUGCAGCUGGUGAUGGCCAGGCAGGCAUUAGGAACACAAAGGGAAUUUGCAGUCCCUGUGUGCUUUCUAUAAAACAACAAAAAGUAGCAGUGGCUUGCCUUGAAUGCACAUUUGUAUCUGAAGAAACCAGAGGACAGAGAAAUAUUGAUGAGAUGCAGGAAAAAAAGAAUGAAUAGAAACAAAAGGAAUGAGUCAGGAGGUGAGCGAGAAAAGCAGAGGAGAGAUGAAGAAAAGCUGGCAUUGGUAUGGAAGGAUACAGGAGCAAGAACAAAUGGUCAGGGACACUGGUCAGAGGCGAGUGGCUUGAGACAGCAGGUCUCAGGACAGCAGGAAGAGACAAACAGAAGAGAACAAGGCAGAAUGUAAGCAAAAGGCAAGUGGUCCUCAACUUGUAGAUAAAUUUUCUGCUCCAGAAUCUGUCCCCCAAACUUCUACAACUUUCACAGUCUUCAGUUUUUAGCAAACCAUUGUAAAAGCUACCAGUAAAACACAGAUCUGAUCUUUCUCAAGGAAAUGACCUAUUACCUUCUUUCUUCUAUUUGUUUUCUAGUAAUUGUCCUCUGUGAACACAAAGGUCUCUACUCUUCUGAGACUCUUGGAUCAGUUCCAUGCGUGGACAGGUCCCUAGGGCUGCAGACUCAGACAUGUGCAGCGCUGUCUGACUGGACCAGAGCUGUGCGCAAACGCCUUCGCACUCAGCCUGACUGGAAGUCACACACUGUCCUGCUCAUGAGUCCCCCUUCAGAGAGGUGCCACUGUCACAUGCCAGAUGUCAUAUAUGGUACUAGAAACAUGGAAAAGUUGGAACUCUCAGAGCAGCAAAAUAGCAGUCAUAACAUCUUUGUGUGCACAGUGAACGCGAAUGAAGACAGCUUUUACAUGGGCCUUUUUAUGUGUAUAUAUACAUGAACAGAAAUUUAUAUACAUCAUAGCCAUUGUUAAAAUUGAGGUACUGGGAUAACACUUAGGAUUACCAUUUUCUAGAACUAUGAAGAGAUAAAAAUUGCUCAUACGUAUUCUUUAUACAUGAAUACUACACUGCAGCACUGUGCUAUCUUGAGGUAACAGAAUCCUAGCAACAGAACCUUCAGAAGCUUUACUGUAAAACCACCUGUCUGUAUGACUAUCACCAGCUUUCAUCUGCCUAGCUUGAUCAUUAGACUGAAAGCCCUGCAUGUAAUAGAACAGUUCACAUUACUCAGUCUAUUUUGCAAAAGAAUCAAGAAAUCCCUUUUUUUCCUCCUUUUCCUUUUUUUUUUUUUUUUGGUAAUUUGGUAUAAUGGAAACAUUUAAACAUUUAGUUUUAUGGUGACAAUGUAAAAAUUCACAAACUUAUUUUUUUAUGCCCCACAUUAUCCCAGACAGGAGAAGGUUUAGCACUGCAUGAGCAAACCACAUGACACAGACACAGUCAAAUCACAGGACAAAUACAGUCACCACAGGACAAAGCUAAGGGGAACACAGAGGGCUCAGGUGCAUACGGUUACCUCACACACUAAGGCACCAGACAGAGAACUCAAACUGAGAAAAGUGCUUACUCUAUUCCCCACCCUGUGCCUCCAAAAAUCACCCCCAAGGCCAGAAUGGUCCCUGCCACUGCACCUAUUAGCCUGUUAGCGGCCAUGCUCACUGUGUGGAGGGAAAAGGGAAGAAUUUUUCAGGAAAUCAUCACAUAUAUGUCUGAAAUGAAAACACGAAAUAAUUCCUCAAAGGAAUACUUUAUAAUCCACAGUUGGAUAAACAAUUCAAAUCUCCUCACAAACCUUUGUUUACCAAAUAGCGUAGCUUUAAAAUUCUGAAAUGAGCUCUAUUUGGUUGUCUUUGAAUGCUUGUAAAUAUUUCAGUGAGAAGUUUUCCUGUAAAUUCCUUUCAGCUUGUGAUUCUAUUAUUUACUCUGAAAGGGAGCUUAUUUAAAACAGCCAAAAUAUAAAUAAAUUGCCAAUAAACAAACUUUCUUUUUGAUUACCAGAAACUUACUGUAUCCAUAACAUAAUUAAGAAAACGAAAACUGUUUGGAAACAAUUCCACCUCAGAAAAAACUAAAAAACCCCAACUUUUAAAGUAAUUCCUUUACUAAUAUUUUUCUUUGUUACUGCAUUUAUCAAUAGGACUCUCUGUUUAUCUAUAUGACCUAAAACAGGUAAUAUCUUUUAAAAGCAAAAACCUACCCUAGAAACAUGCUUCAGGUAGAAAUUUUGAUAUGUUCAGAUAGUCUCUCAAGACAUUGGAGCCUUACUUUUAAUCCUUAAGGGAACACUUUUCAGGAAAAAAUUCUCCUGUGUUAGAGAUUAAAAGUUUGAUAGGUUCAUGAAGCCACAAUAGAUCACAACAAAGAGUUGAAUUCCCUGUCAAAUGGGAACUUAGGGACAAAGAUUUUAUGGACUCCAUGCUGAGUGAAGUGUGUUUUAAAAUAUUUUGGGGGGGUUUUAUCCUGUUUCAUAACUAUACACACACAAACACACACACACACUUGAGACAUAAGUUCUGCAUUUAAAUAAACAAACAGUACUCCGCUAGUCAAAUAAAAGCCUAAUUCUGCAAAUUAAAUUGCAGAGAAGAAUCUCGUGUGUAUAUGGAGUUCCACUGAUUUAAAAACUGCGAACCCACACUCUAAACUAACUCUAAGUUUCUGCAGUAACCAAAAACUAACAGCAAGAACUCCUUGUCUUCCCCAAACUGCUAAAUGCUGUGUACAUCUGCUAGUACAGGAUACAGUAGGUUACUGAGUUUAGAGCAAUUAAAGAGUCAUGUAUUAAUAGCACCAUAAUUAAGGACCACCAUUUUUUUUAUCCUGAAGUAGAGAAUGGAGCCAAAAAGCAAUUGAUGGAUGAUGGAAAAGUCUGAAAAAUGUAGCAGAAUAGCAGUCAAUUGUCAAUUAUCACAACAAUACAUUAAAAAUAGCAACACUCCCUCACUGUACAUGUUCUAAUUGUAGCAAGAAAAAUGCUUGGAGUUUUGGUGUGAAAAAGAUUAAGCCUACUGGAUGAAUUUUCACAUCAGUGAAAGUGAAAUGAGUGCUUCACUUCAUUCAACCUUAUGCUAAGGAAAAACAACUCUUUUGGUUUCUGUCUUGGACUUGUAAACUGGCAUAUGACAUAGGGAGUAAAAAGGGAUAAAAACUUAAUGGAAGCUACUCUUGUGUAUGCUGGGUCGUUACAACAAAGGAAAGUACUGCUGUACUCUUCUGAAAUCUCACAAAUGAAUUCCUCUAUAAGCAUACAGAAAGAGAUCAAAGUGUUCAGUCUCUUAAAUUCAUUUAUAGGUGAUUCAACAUCAGUAAAUUACUGAUAAUAAGAAAAAUAAUCCAUCUUUUGAGAUCAUUGAGCCACCCUGAACAAAAGCACAGUCUGCCAUUUUGCAGAGGACUCCACUGAAAAAUGCAGUCUAAACUUUGCCUCUACCUGCUGGCAGAAUUCCAUGUACAUACUAUCCAUUUAAGGCUUUUUCCUGGAAUAAUUCAACGUUGAUGUAUUAAUUUUCACUAGGGUAUCUCCAUGCUGAACGAGAUGAGGCAAUCUGACUUACAGUGAUUUAUCAAAAAUAAGUGUACCUUCUGUGUUACCCUUCCAAUGGACCUUUUCACAGAGGAGGGAAUAAUUUCUUACCUACCAGAUUUGGAAAGGAACAAAGUAAAAUUCAUAUGCUCUCAGUGUCACAGCUGUAAAUCCUGCUCUCCUCAUCCACACACACAGAGAACUGAACAGCUCUACAGUGUUGGUCUCCAUCAUUUACAUUUUUUUAAGACUCUCUAAGCAGCAUUCCACUGUCAGGAAGGUUUUUAGAGGAAGUGGAAUGAUAAGUGGCUUGUAAGGCAGAGUACAAACCAGGCAGCUCUACACUGAGCAAUGUUGGGACUGGGAGCCCAGGAAGCACCUGUACAGAUUCCCUAUACAAAUCUGGACUGGUCGACAGAACCUCCUUCACAACAGUAACUUGUUUCAAGAUGAUCUCUUCAAACACUUCUUGGCAAAGGUCUACUGGAACCAUUCUGCCAAGGACAAAAAGGCACACAAGACAGAGCCAUUCCAGAGGGAUAUACCAAAAUCCUGUCCUUCCUUGAAACCUUGGUACUUUCAGAGUAAUCAAUUAGAGUCUGAGUCCUCAGGACCAGCUUUUUGAACAACUCUUAUUUUUUCUCCAUCUACCUUGCAAAUGGAGCAGGAGAACCUGGAACUGGGGAGUUUGUAAAUGCAUAAGACUGAAUGAAUAUAGUCUGAUGUUGAACAGUGUCCUGAUGACAGGAAAGACAUUAAAAAAAAAAAAACCCUGGACAGCACAAGUCCAAAGAUAUCCAAAGAUAUUCUUUGGCAGAGGAGUCGGAGAAAAACUCAAAUACUUUCCUUCCUCUUUGAAAAAACUUUUGGAUUAUUUCCUCAAUACCUCCUCCUUGUAUUUGUACUUCAUAUGUAGUUGAAAUACAUACCACAUACAUAAGAACAAGCAACAGUGAUUGUAAGAAUAAUUUAUCAAAAAUCUUAAUUGUUUUUUCUUUCAUUGCAAUAUGAUUUCAAGGAAUCUGAUUUUACCAGGAACAUUCCACUUUUCCCUUUUUUAUGCCACAGCUCUCUGAAUUAGUUGACUAAGAAAACUGAAAAUCUCUAGUAAAAUAUAAAUAUUCAAUUAACAUAUAAAAAAGUAAGAGCUACACUAAGUCAGGUUCCAAUCACAAUGAAAAUUAUCAUUAAAAAACAGAGAAUAAGGGACAAAGGAAAAAAACAUUACCUGUUGAAAUCUUCCCCAAAUUUAAGUUAAAAAAGUAAAAGUUUUAUCAAUUCUCAAAGUAGAAAAACCUAUUUCCUCUACAUGAAGCAGAAUUUUACUGUCUGGGUGUAAACACAGCUGUACAAUAGUAUUUGCUUUUUAUAUGCUAAUUCUGCUACCAUGUAUCAACAGAAAAACAUCAUAAAUACUUAAAAGAACAUAAAAACUGAAACAAAACACAAACCCUUGGGUCCUUCAUCCUUCUUGCCACCGGUAUCCCUGACAGGGUCAUCAAUGCUGCAGUCUGUCCCAGCCCAGGAGAAAUUACAAAUGCAAGUGGCUUCAUUACUACAAACCUAGCAAAAAAAAAAAAAAAGACAGCACUUAAUUUCUAACUACAUUUUAUUAACAUAUCACACUGCAUUUAUUUAAUAUGUGAUUAGACAUUUAACUCAUGGUAUAAAACUUGCCUAUUUGUAUAUUGUAACAAUAACAUUGAGUGUUUGGAAUGACACAACACUCCUGGAAGUUUGCCUCAGCCCUCCUAAUACUCUCACAUACUGGGAGAAGCAGAGCUGGUUCUAUCAUCUCUGGCACACCCCUGCACAGGCUGUGAAGCAUGACAGCAAUUUAGCUAGACUAGUUAGACCUCCACCAGGCAGCUAUCUGGACUUCGAGCCUGGAUGCCCAGCAGGGAUACAAACAUUUGCCUUUGAAAGGUUCAGGACAUGGUUACACUUUCCAACCUCUCAUUUACAGCUUGCUCCCAUGUAGAACAAAGUCAAUUUAUUUUAAUUUGAUUUCUCAGCAUUUUUCCUAAGCAGCAAUGAGGAAUGCUUGCCUGGCUUCUAAAAGAGAGGGAACAGUUCUUCCUCAGUUUACAUGUACCUGAAUGACCUCUAAUAAAGAACUUAGCACUCUAAAAUUGGAAGUAUAUUUAUUAGAUACAGAAAAACCUAUCCAGUGGACAAAACCUAAACCAUAUCAAUACUAAGACUUUAUAGCUAAAAACUUUCUUUAUGAGAAAGAACAAGGAAUGGUGCUGCUAGAAGAGGUUACUGUGGAAAAAGCAUGACAUAAGAAACAGACAUAAAGGAUGAAGUUUUGAUUAUAGGACUAGAAAUGAAGUCAAUCAUUACACAAACAGCUAAUAAUGUCUUUGGACACUGGAACACCAUGUGAAAAAAAUCCAGGAAACAACCUAUCCAUAAAUGAUUCUCAGUAACACAUGUGAUUUUUUAAUUCAACUUUUAUAAUGCUCUGCUUUUAAGAAGAACUCACUGGAGAACCUUCCCUAAGAACUUGAAGAUAAACACAUUUUAUGGCAGGUUUGAUCAACUGAAAUACCCUUUUAAAAUUAGGAACUAUAACAAUCCAAAACAGAACAGGUAAGAUGGUUCACUCACCCUCCAUGUCACUCUCAAAAAGUUCCAAGAUGAUUUCUAAUCUCAUAGGUUCAAAUCCUUACUUUCAAAUUUUAAAAUUUUUGUAUUCUUGAUUUUAACCUAACCCUCUACUUUGAAACACUCAAUUUUAUUUUCAAGCACAGACAACAAGAAGAAAUAACCCCUUCUCGUACAGUUGAGCCCUUUAGGCAAGUAUGUGUCUCACUGAAUCCCACAGUGGAAAGGUUUUACAGGUAUUUAAAACAGCGAUCUGUUCAUCAAAACAGACACAACAUCUUAGACAAAUGAACUUGUAGGUAGAAUAACAGCACAUAAUGUGCCUGAAUGUAAAAUGAUACACCUUGGACCUGUUCAACAACUCUUUGGAACUGUUCAAGACCUCCCUCUCUGCUGAGGACCCACAGUUUGGAAUUUUAAUUAUUUAAGCCAUGGGCUAUAAAUCUAUGAACACAAAACCAACUUCAUAAAGGUGUUGGUGUGCAGGAAAAAGUUUAAUUCAAGAUGGAAAGUAACUUGAAAUACGGGUAGUACAUUACAGAAGUUCUUCCAAUAAUGAAUGUCAAAGGUCUUUCUUGCUACUUACAAACCCAACUUUUGGAUAUAACUGCAGAACCGAUUUGAGAAGUUUCCUUUUAAAAAUUUUUUUAUGCAUCACAAAAUGGCAGUCUUCCCCUGAAUCCAACAUUUGUGGUUUCAGAUCAAAAGGUCUUAGGAAGACUUUGAGGUGUUAGGAUCAGGUAGAGCAGAGAGAGCUGGGCAAGCUGAGCUGCUCACUCCCAGUACAGACUCACCCCAUGACCAGAACAGACUUUUCCAUUGGAACCAAUGGGACAGCUGCUUAUGUUCAAGGACUGAAUUGGCAGGCACUUUUUGUCCAGACACAUCAUCUGAGGUCCACAUGGAGCUCCAUCCUCCACGUAACCUAAAUCCGUAUCAUCAUCUAAAAGAACAUGAGCACCA